AUGUCCGGUGAACCCACUGCUGAGGCCACCAAGACUCUCAAUCGUGGUACUUCCGAGCUGAUCAUUCUGGCCGCCGACACCAGCCCUCUGGCCAUCGUCCUCCACCUGCCUCUCCUCGCUGAAGACAAGAACGUCCCUUACGUUUAUGUCCCCAGCAAGCUCGCCCUGGGCCGUGCCACUGGUGUCUCCCGCCCCGUGAUUGCCGCCAGCAUCACCUCCAACGAGGCUAGCGACCUCACCGGACAGAUCCGUGCUGUCCGCGACAAGGUGGAGAGACUCAUGAUCUAA